AUGCCCUCAUAUUCUAAAUUCCUUAAAGGGAUUCUAUCCAACAAGAAAAAGCUUGAGGAUGAUGAAACUGUUACGCUUACUACCAAGUGUAGUGCUAUUAUUCAAAACAACAUGCCUCCUAAACUUAAAGACCCUGGUAGAUUUUCCAUACUUUGUGUAAUCGGAAAGUUUAUCAUAGACAAAGCUCUAUGCGAUUUAGGAGCCAGUGUUAGUUUAAUUCCCUUAUCCACAUGCGAAAAACUCAAUCUAAGAGAAUUAAGACCAACAAAGAUGUCUCUACAACUAGCUGAUCGUUCCAUUAAAUUUCCCGUAGAUAUAAAGGAGGAUCCCCACAUCCCUAUUAUUUUAGAAAGAUCCUUUUUAGCCACAGCCGAAGCCAUCAUAGAUGUGAAGAAAGGUAGGCUAACAUUCGAAGUCGGAGAAGAAAAAGUUGAAUUUCUCUUAGCUAAAUUCCUACAAGCACAAACUAUAGAUGACUCAUGUUGUUUCUUAGACGAAUGUGUGAAAGAAAUGGAGAAGGAGUCAUUUAUGUAUAUUGAAGUACUGAAGAUUCCAACACCUCCUAUAUUCGAAGACGGUAAUUGUGUAAGCCACACGUAG